AUGGCUGUCGAGGCCCGGCUCGUCGCUGUGCUUGCCGUUGCGGCUGGGCCUGGGCGCGCUGCUGCCUGGCGCGAGGACGUCUUGCCGCAGCAGCGAGACCCUACGCGGCCGACGAGAAGGGCGCAGCCAGGGCCACCGCCGUCCCCGCAAGGCUGCUGGCCGACGAGCAGGCCGGAGCUAAUCAGGCACAAGAUCAAAAGAACCAGCACAGUGGCUGAGGCGCUGCAAGAUAAGCAGUGGAUCCGGGAUAUUGCCGGACGGGCAACAGUAAACGCCAUCUCCCAGUAUGUGCAUCUGUGGCAUGCGAUUGCAGGGGUUCAGUUAAGCGGGGGAACUGAGGACAGGGUUUGGCACACUGUCAGUGCAAUGCUAAACAUUCAGAAUGCGACACCGGCGCAGGAAAUCUCACUGAUGGAUUGGUGGUUACAAAAGCGAGAAGGUUUCAAUGCCAUAAAAAGAAAAGGGCUAGAUUCCACCUUCAUGUUGGUUUCGUGGAGAAUUUGGAAAGAACACAACGAUCGAGUAUUCAGUAGAACCACGGAGAAGAAUCCUGCAGAGCUGGCUCAGGUUAUUUCAGAGGAAGCUCAUCUCUGGUGUGCUGCCGGCGCCAAGUUCCUCUCCACCUUAGGCUAG